UAACACUCGUGGUGACUGCGGCUGCUGAACUGUUGAGUGGGCUCACUUCUCACGACACUCGAAGAUUCAGGAAGAUGUCCGCUAUUAUAAUUCUGAUUCUGACGUCAUUGCUGGCUGACGCCGUCACUUCGAGGCAGAACUUCGAGACGCUCUACGAGUGGAACUUACUCAGCUAUGACUUGCCGGCCGACAGCUACACACCACAGAACAACCUGUUCACUGGACUGGAAGUGACCUCGGACCGCAUCUUCCUAGCAUUACCGAACCUGCGCAGCGGUACACCAGCCUCUCUGACUUGGCUACCUCGGCCUGAUCAACCAGUUGCUUCCUACGUCGGAAAGUCACCUCCAUUACAGCCAUAUCCUAGCUGGGAGUGGCAAGGGACGUCAGGAAACUGCUCGGGCCUGGUGUCUGUGUACCGAACGCGGGAAGACCGCUGCAACAGACUUUGGGUCGUGGACAGUGGCGUCAUCACCACCCUGGACAAUUUCUCGCCUGUCUGUCCACCCAAGAUUCUUGUGUUCGACCUCAAAACCGAUACCCUCGUCCGUAAUAUCAUCUUACCAAGAGAAGUAAUACGACCCAACUCGCUGCUGACGAAUCUGGAGAUUGACUACGAAAUUGUUGGGGCUCAGGGAGAGGAGAACAUUUUCUACGGAUUCCAAAAUCAGAAACAGCAGAGCUGUGACGAUGUUUUUCUGUACAUCACCGACACGGCCAACGCUGGCAUUAUCGUGUACGACGUGCGAAAUGACGCAGCCUGGAGGGUUUUCCACCCGACAAUGCUGCCACACCCCGACCACAGCACAUAUUACGUCGCUGGAGAGUCCUUUACACUGCCAGAUGCUGUGGUGGGCAUUGCCUUGUCGCCUGAGACGAGCCUAUGGAACUUCGAUUCGUUCGGAAACUUGCUGUCUCCUCGAGGGCGAGUCUUGUAUUACCAGCCGUUCGCGGCGCUGCGCCUCUUCUCCAUACCCACUUCAGUACUGCAGUCCCCGCCACAAGUGGACGCCGAUCUGAAAGUGGAACUGGUAUUCCAGAAGUCCUCACAGUCCGCUUCUCUGGCUUCAGACCCUUUUGACGGGACCUUGUAUUUCAACCCAGUGACAGAGCUGGACAUCGAGGCUCUGCUACCUGGCAGUGGGCAUGCGCAGAUUGUGGCGAAGGACACCCAAGCACUGCAGUUCAUAUCUGAUAUCCGGAUAACACCCAACGACAAUUACAACAUCUGGUUCACCUCCUCCAAAUUCCAAAAGUAUUUCCGUCAGACAUAUGAUCCGAACACCAUAAAUUUUAGGAUCAUGAGGAUCACUCGCCAUCUUCAUUCGCCUCACAGAUCUUUCUUCUUCUAGCUAGUCACUGCCCAUGAGUUGGUACAAGCAAGUUCCUGGAUCUAUGAAAUGUAUUGCUCCGAGUCUUGAAAGAACAAUGUAUUAGGCUGAUUUCAAAAAUACUUAGCCCGUUAAAGCACAGUGGUACCUAUAUGUACCACAUGCUUUAACAUUCCGAAACUCAGAGCUUUACUCACAGAAAUUUAUUGAGUAUUUCGUUAUUGGUUUCAAAAUAAACAGCUAUCAUUUCCAUAAACGCCAUUAGUCGAAUGGUCUUCGUAAGGAAGAUAUUGUGACGCCUGGGAAGCAGCAUUGGAAAUGUAAAUUUCCCACUUCAAAACAUUAGUGUAAUUUAUAAAGAUUUCAUAAUAUUGAUUGAAGAAACUGAACCUUCAAAAGACAACGAAAAACAAUCCAACAUUAAGCACUUUUAUAAGUCAAAAUAUUAAACUCAAUUUACGGUUACAUAUUCCUAUUACCUGUUUCAGUAAUAUCAAACACGUCUAUAUUUGCUCUCAGUCGAAAAAUGGCCUAAUUGUUACCAUAUGAAAUAUGAGUGAAUAAAAUUAAAUGGGGCACGACGCUGUAGGACUUAAAGUUGAAAAUUACAGGGUCAAAAAUUAUUAAAUUUUCUCUCGUAAAUAUUGAGCUCGUUGUAGUCUAGUGGUCAGAGCCCCUGGCUAUAGAUACAGAGGUCCAGGGUUCGAUUUCCGGCGAUAUCAGAU